AGUUAGUUUUCAAGAAUGGCUGGCACGCCCACCAAUCAGGUGUCAGGUAGGCAGUAACUCCGCCAAUGAGGGAGUGAGUUAGAGACAGGGAAGCGGUGUCGGUAAGUCGGUGCUUGGUAGCCGCUUCCAUGGCAUCCGCGGGCAGUCUGCUGGUCCUGCUGCUGCCCCUGGCAGCCUGCACGUUCACACAGCCCCAGGAUACCGAGCUCACCUUCCUGCUCCCGGCUGGGAGACAGGAGUGUUUCUACCAGGGGGCUCUGUACAAUGACAGCAUGGAGAUAGAGUACCAGGUGAUUGGAGGUGCUGGACUUGAUGUGGAUUUUACGAUCACCACUCCUUCAGGGGUUUUGCUUAUUAUGGAGCGACGUCGAUCUGAUGGAGUGCACACGGUGGAACCUGCUGAAGCUGGCGACUAUAUGAUUUGCUUUGAUAAUUCAUUUAGCACAAUCUCAGAAAAACUUGUUUUCUUCGAGAUUAUAUUUGACACACGACCAGGCGAUGAAGAACCAGAUAACUGGUCUGAAAUGGUGGAACCAGAUGAACUCUUAGACAUUAAAAUUGAGGACAUAAAGGAAUCUAUAGACAACAUGAAGAGCAGGCUGGAACGCAGUAUUCAGAUGCAGACCGUUCUACGUGCCUUCGAGGCUCGAGACCGUAAUUUACAAGAUAGCAACCUCGAUCGAGUCAACUUCUGGUCGGCUGUAAACCUCGGAGUGCUGGUUGCAGUCGCCUUCAUUCAGGUGUAUAUGUUGAAAAGCCUGUUCGAUGACAAGAAGAAGGUGCGGACGUAACAGUAUCAAAGUGAUGAAGAAGACGGAGCCACAUUGUUUUCCUAGCACUGCCAGCCACCCAUUCACGUCUUCCGUUAAUAUUGUGGACAUUGGAUCUUCAGUCCCCAUCAGAGCAAUGUGGCUGUAAAUAAUGUGAUCAACCAAUUUCAGCUUGGUACACAAGGCGAUCUGCAUCAGAUAACAGUGGAAAAUGGAUUUGGUGGGUAGGGGUACACCUACAGACUCUCGUACAGCGGUUUUAAAUAAGUAUUUUUUACUGCCUUUUAUUAGGUUUUAGGAAGUGUUCAAUAGAUCAAAUUCAACCAUCAUAUGGUCUAUAGGCAGCCAUGUUCUUCACAAAGUGAGGGAUAGGAAAAAUGUUUACUAAACUGUACCAAAUACCUCCCAUAUAUAUUUUUUUUAUAUAUUUUUUUUCGGUCCUGUAAUUGUCAAUGUGCACAAUAUACUCUAAUUUGUGUCUGCAAUUAAGCAGCUCUAAAAACUUUUGUUUCAGCAAAUUGUACCUUUUUAACGUUUUUGUUCCAUCUAGCACGGCUGUAUUCAGUCUGAAGAAGAAAAAAAAAUCAAAGGAGGUGCAGAAUAGGCUUUUCAUCUUCUCCCCACUCAUUUUCUACCAAUUUCAUUCUUUAACUAAUGCAUUGAAAUCUAUUAGCUGAUGCAGAUCCAGAAUUCUAAGAGUCUUUUAACAUUACAGAAAGUGAUCACAGUCAACUUUUUAUAUCUCAGCCAUCCACUGCCCUGGUGCAAAUCGUGAUUAUUUCUGUUAAAAUGAAUAAUCAAAUUUCAAAACCACGAGGUAAAGGAAAGAGGUAGAGGGCGGCUAUUUUAUUGUUUUGCCUUAAGGCAAAUAUUUCUAUGCAAUAUGCCUGAUGCAGUAUUUUAUAUCUGGAAGGGUGUGAUUAGAUUUUCUCUUGUCUUGACAUGAGUCUUCCUUUCUAAUAGUUAUAUAAUUUAUAUAUAUUUUUAAUUGCAGAAAACGUAUUUGCUAUUUUUGUUAUCUGUAAAAAGAGGGGUUUGUAUAAAUGCACAAUAUGGUGUAUAUUUUUCCCCUUUCGUUUUGAUUAGCCAGAAUUUCCCACACCUAUAGCUUAAAGGCCAGGGAAACAGUGUCCGUAACAGUUACUUUCUUAGGAACAGUGGGAAUGGGUUUGUGUCAUUUCAAGGGGGUUAACUGUCUUACAAUAAAGUUAUAUUUCAUAGAAAGGUUUUUUACUUUUUCAAAGAGCUAGGAGCUCACUGGACAAUCGCAUUGCUGCUAAAGAUCUUUUUAUACCUACAGUGCCUGCUCACCCCUCCCACCAAAUGUAAUAAAAUGGGAGUUUUAACAGUUUA